CUCAUUUGACAUCAAUAUCGAUUCUUUCUUUUUCAUUAAUUUCAUCGUUUGAUUCUUUUUUUUACCUUAUAUCUUACUUCAUCUCUGAAUUUGUCUAACCUAAAAUAUAUAUGCCAACGCUUGCUUCACACUACAACAUACUUAUUCUUAUCUCGCCUUCUCACUCAAGGCAUCCCUUUUUUGCUCUCCUUUUCUUUCUUUCUUUCUUUCUAUCUAUCCUUUCUCUUUCUCUUUCUUUGUUUGCAUUUUCUUCCUUUUUCCCUUGUGCAAGGAGAAAUGGCAGACUGCAAACAUGGGGAAGACUUCUAUACCACCCAAGACCAUGAGGAAACAACUAUGACAAAGAAAUAUGGAGGAUUAGUGCCAAAAAAGAAGCCCUUAAUUUCAAAGGACCAUGAGCGUGCUUUCUUUGAUUCAGCAGACUGGGCAUUAUGUAAGCAAGGUGCAGGAUUUGAUCAAAAAUCAACUGUGGCAAUAGAGACUUUGAGACCAAAGCUUCAGAGAACACCACAUCAACAGUUACCUCCGAGGAGACCUGCUUGCACAUCAGGUCGAGAAAACAAUGGGCAGUAGAUUUUAUCAAGUGGUAUGAGAAGAUGAUGAAUAUGUUUAUAACAUUUUUAUGGUGAUGAUGAGAUUGGAUACAUUGCAAUGGACACUUGAAUUAACUAGUUAUGUUUUAAUAAAAGGGUGUCUUCAUUGUUGAAAACAAAAUCUGCACUCUUCUGUAAUUAGCUUACAAUCCCCCAAUGGUGAGUAGUAGCAGAUUCCAAGAGGGACUGAAUGAGACAAUGAGAAAUUUCUGUGAUCCUUCAUUCAUUUUGUUGGUCCCCAUCAGAUAUUUCUAUAUGAUCCUUAAACCUUCUUCUUAGCAUAGGCUUUGUUUGUGUUCAGUUUUUUUUA